AUGCCGGUGCGGACGCUCCUCCUGUCGGCGCUGGCCUCGCUGGCGCUGGCCCAGGACUCUCCGGUGGCGUCGUGCCCUGCGCGCUGCGACGUGUCGCGGUGCCCGAGCCCCCGCUGCCCCCGCGGCUACGUGCCCGACCGCUGUAAAUGCUGCUUAGUGUGCGCCGCGGGCGAGGGCGAGCCCUGUGGCCGCCCGUUGGAUUCACCGUGUGGGGAGAGCCUGGACUGUGUGGGCGGCGUCUGUCGUUGUCGCUGGACACAUGCCGUGUGUGGCACCGACGGGCACACCUACACCAACGUGUGCGCGUUACAGGCGGCCAGCCGCCGCGCGCUGCAGCUCUCCGGGACGCCCGUGCGCCAACUGCAGAAGGGAGCCUGCCCUAUAGGUCUUCACCAGCUGAGCAGCCCGAGAUACAAGUUCAACUUCAUCGCCGAUGUAGUGGAGAAGAUUGCUCCCGCAGUGGUCCACAUUGAGCUCUUCCUGAGACACCCUCUGUUUGGCCAUAACGUGCCCUUAUCCAGUGGCUCGGGCUUCAUCAUGUCAGAGGCUGGUCUGAUUGUCACCAAUGCCCACGUGGUGUCCAGCACCAACACGGUCUCCGGCCGGCAACAACUCAAGGCACAGCUGCAGAACGGUGACACCUACGAGGCCACCAUCAAGGACAUCGACAAAAAAUCAGACAUCGCCACCAUCAAGAUCCACCCCAGGAGAAAGCUGCCUGUCCUGCUGCUAGGACACUCGUCAGACCUGCGGCCUGGGGAGUUCGUGGUGGCCAUUGGCAGCCCCUUCGCCCUGCAGAACACGGUGACCACCGGCAUCGUCAGCUCGGCCCAGCGGGACGGCAAGGAGCUCGGCCUGCGAGACUCGGACAUGGACUACAUCCAGACAGACGCCAUCAUCAAUUACGGGAACUCCGGGGGACCGCUGGUGAAUCUGGACGGCGAGGUCAUUGGCAUCAACACGCUCAAGGUCACAGCCGGCAUCUCCUUCGCCAUCCCCUCAGACCGCAUCACACGCUUCCUCUCCGAGUCCCAAGACAAGCACAUCAAAGACUGGAAGAAGCGCUUCAUCGGCAUACGGAUGAGGACCAUAACAUCCAGCUUGGUGGAAGAACUGAAGGCUAGUAAUCCGGACUUCCCAGAGGUCAGCAGUGGGAUCUACGUGCAAGAGGUUAUUCCAAACUCACCUUCUCAGAGAGGUGGCAUUCAAGAUGGCGACCUCAUCGUCAAGGUCAAUGGGCGCCGUCUGGUGGACUCCAGCGAGCUGCAGGAGGCUGUGCUGACGGAAUCCCCGCUGCUCCUGGAGGUGCGCAGGGGCAACGAGGAUCUGCUCUUCAGUAUCGAGCCUGAGGUGGUCCUGUGA